AUGCUGAGGCGUAGCGCGGCGACGUUUCACAGUCGGGUGGAGAGUUUGUCCUGGUCGCCGUAUCUGGCGGAAUGUUUGACGGUGCUGGAAGACACGCACGAGGCGCCCGGAGACGCGUUGCUGGUGGGCCUGGUCAAGCUGCAGUUGAUCGCGGCGAAAGUCACCCGGAUCUGGGUGCACAGUGGGGGUUGCAAGAAGGAUGAAGGCACGUGGAUGAUUGGGCCGUACGUUGCUUCACUCAAUAUGGAGUUGGUGGCUGCGCGGGAUCAGGCUCCUUCGCAUGUCAGGACGAACCGAAUCUUCCAGACCAUGACAUCUCACACAGAAAUCACAAUCUUUGAGCUUACCCUCCUCCGCGCUUCAACCGUCCCCAUCGCCACCGACACGGACCUGCAAGCCCUCGACCAUCUAUUCCGAUGUCUAGAAGCCAUUAAAUCCUGGAUCCGAACCAUCCUUAAGUUUGACGCAGCAGAGUACAUCGGCUUCCCCUUUCCCCUGUGGAAGCAAUUCCGAACCGUCGUGCUCGUCACCCUCCGCCUGGGGGCGCUGGACGACCCCGCCUGGGAUACGGGGCUGGUUCGACGGUCCGUCGACCUGCCCAGCGUGCUAGACGAGAUCGCACGGAAAUUGGAGCGAGGCCGGUCGCAGACGGAGGAGCCUGUAUUCGCGACGUUCAUCAAGAUGGUGCAUAUGCUGAAGUCGUGGACUUUGUCGGUCUAUACUGACGGUCCGAGCAAGCCGGCUGAUUCUGGGUGUACGUCGGGGAGUUUGUCGGAGGGAGAGCAGGCUGCAGUGGAGGAUCCACCGUGGGGAGACCUAGUGUGCGAUGACGAGUUCUGGAAUGUGGAUUUUCUGGGGUGGCCUUACAUGUCUUAA